CGUGUGUUUAUGUCUCAGUGUGGGACGAAUAAGAGGGGGGAAAGGGACACAACAAAGCUGGCGACUGGCUCGGGCUGCAGAGCGCAGAGAUCCGGAGCAAAAGAAAUCAAAUUAAAAAAAAGGAAUCCACUCCCAGAGAUGACAACAGACCAGAGGAUCUACUUUCAGUCCACUCUGUGUUUUUAAAGUUAACUUUUUUUUCCUGCGCGUCGACGAGGAGAGGACGUUUUGUGCCAAGCUUUCCUUCUCAGAUUUAAAAAAAAAAAAGCGUUUUGCUGCAAAAAUGCAACGACCAGGCGGUCAGGGGACAGCGUUUUCAAUCGACUCCCUAAUAGGAACCCCUCAGCCCAGGCCGGGGCACCUCCUCUACACGGGCUACCCGAUGUUCAUGCCCUACAGACCUCUGGUCAUCCCUCAAGCUCUGUCCCACUCGCCUCUGUCGUCCGGGAUCCCUCCGCUCGCGCCGCUGGCUUCCUUUGCCGGGCGCCUCACCAACACGUUCUGUGCCAGUCUGGGCCAAGGGGUGCCGUCCAUGGUCGCGCUCACCACCACGAUGCCGAGCUUCUCGGAUCCCCCGGACAGUUUCUACCCGCCGCAGGAGCUGCCCGGGCCCCGCUUGAGCGCCGCUGACCCCGGGGCGAGGAGGCAGGAGAGUCCGCACUCCGACGAGCUGCACGGUCGGGACAAAGGCUCCGAGCUGCUCAACUUUUCGGAAACUUUUCAAACAAUAUCAGGUGAGACCAAACUGUACAGUUCAGACGACGAGAAGCUGGACCUGAAGUCGGCGGACACGGUGUGCAGCGACAGGGAGGACAGCUCCGCGGACAGCGAGAACGAAAGUUUCUCGGACGGGAACAACUGCGGGGCCCUGUCCCAGAAGGGCAAACUAAAAACCGGCUCUCAGGAGGCGCUGCCCACGGGGGGCUCGGCCGGGAAGAGCCGCAGGAGACGAACAGCUUUCACGAGCGAGCAGCUGCUGGAACUGGAAAAGGAGUUUCACUGUAAAAAGUACCUUUCUCUGACGGAGCGCUCGCAGAUCGCGCACGCCCUGAAACUGAGCGAGGUGCAGGUGAAGAUCUGGUUUCAGAACCGCAGGGCCAAGUGGAAACGGAUCAAGGCCGGCAACGUCAACAACCGGUCAGGAGAACCGGUGAGAAACCCCAAAAUAGUCGUCCCCAUCCCCGUGCACGUCAACAGGUUUGCUGUGAGGAGUCAGCACCAACAGAUAGAGCAGGGGACCAGACCAUAAACUCAGAUUAAAACACCUGAAAAAAAAAAAAACAAUUAUUAUUAAAAACUCAAACCGACUCUCUGUCCUGUUGAAUUUGUUUGAACGCAUGAAGAACAAAAACGGAGGAUUCAGAUUUUGUUUUUUGUCUGACAGGUGAGACUGACAAUUUGCUCCCAAGCAGAUAAAUUAUUCGUGUUUUCAUUUUUUUUUCUAAUUUAUUCUCCUGUGAAUAAUGUARAUAGAAAUGUGCACUAAGAAAUGUGACUGUAAAUACUUUUUAAGUAUUUAUUUGUAGGGCCAAAACCUUCUGUUAUUUACGUGCAUGUCCUCAUUUGGUGAAGCAAUUUUUGGUAAUUUUUUUCCCCCAAUUUUUUUUUAUUUUUUGUUUUUUUGUGGUUCGUAAAAAAAAUGUUGACCACUUUUGCAUGGAACUGAUUUUACAUUUUUGGUUGGCACAUUGGACAGAUAUUUGUUGGGGUUGAAGAAAAAAAAUGUGAAGGAAAUAACGACAAGGGACAACUGUAAAGUAUAUUUGACCAAAUAAAUCGCUUUAUAAGAAA